AUGCAUCGACUUUUUUCUGAGCUAGAGCCAUCUAUAACCGUCACCGAGCAAAAGCUGGCAGACCGAGUUCGGUAUAUCUUGCGCUCAAACAUAUUUGAUGGCGCCGAACUCGAAUGGCUACGACGCGAGGCUGUUCCCUCAUCAAAUGAAAAUGCUACGGCUGAGGAUGCGGUGCCACAAGUUGCAGAACAACCCGCACACGUGGAUAGCGCCGUGAAUACCCCAGUGGUGGCUGAUUCAAAUGAUGAUGAAACAUUCGCCCAGGAACUAGAAAUAGAGCAAAUGAGGAGUACAUUGGAAGAGGCGAUUGUGGAAACGCGCAGUACGCCUCUCGGAAAUCGACCACGACUUCCCCAUAUAGCCCUAAGCAAGCAGAAUCGGGCUUACGUGAGGGCUCUGAACCCAAUGCUGGUGACCUAUUUGGAAGACAGCCGGGACCUUUGUGAUACGGACUCAAUUCUUUUUGGCACCACGCUGGCAGUCUGCUGUAUCAUAGGCGCAGAGGUUUCCACGGCUGGACGCUCUACUGGCCAAAUUAGCGCUAUCCCAGCAUGGAGAAGAGGAAUUGAGGAAAGUAUCGCAAUGGCGAGAGCUCUCAUCGGCAGACUGACUGACUAA